AAAGACGAAAUUUUGGCUCAUAAUGGAUUUUACACCAGCCAACUAUUAUGAUCCGAAUACUAAAAUAUGGAGGGGUGACCAAAUGAAAAGCUAUUUUGAUCCUCGGCUGUCUAUUGGCCAAAUUAUCUUCCAUGAGAUGCGACGGCAUCCACAACUCAUUGCCCAGAUUUCAGCCACGGAAAAUACUGUUUUGACUUUCGAGGAGGUCCUCAAGAACUCGAUUCGCGUAGCUUGUUACUUGCGAUCUCUGGGCCUUGGACAAUCCGAUGUGGUUGGCAUUAUUGCCAGGAAUACCACUCAUAUUUCCGCAGUGGCUUAUGCUUGCUUCUUCAAUGGAACAGCUUAUCAUGCUUUAAGCCUCACAACCGAUCGAAGUACAAUCGAAAAACUAUACAGUAUCACCAAGCCAAAAGUAAUCUUCUGUGAUGGGGAUGAAUUCGAAAAGAUCCGAACUGCCACGUCACAGUUGGAUGUAAAGAUAGUAACCAUGCGCAAACACCAUCCCGAUUCCAUUCCGAUCGAGGAGGUUUUGAAAACAGCAGUCGAGGACAAUUUCCUUCCGGUUAACCUGGAGCAGGGCAACGAUCAGACCCUGGCCAUUGUUUGCUCGUCGGGGACAACCGGAACUCCAAAGCCGGUGACUGUAUCUCACAGGAAACAAAUGUCGUCCAUCAAUCAGUCUCGUCUGACAUCAGCUGAUGUGCAAUAUACCAGCAGCAAUUUGGAAUGGAUAAGUGGUAUUAUGACCAUAAUCACUUCUGCCGUUUUCAGCACCACACGCAUUAUAGAUGAUAACGCCUUUGAUCCCAACUUUGUGCUGAAACUCAUAGAAAAUUACAAGAUAACGUGGUUCAUCUGUGUCACUUCCACCUUAGCCCAGUUGACUAACUGUGCUACUUUUGGCACCGCUGACCUGUCCAGUUUGAAGGUUCUUCUGUACGGAGGUACUCGACUGUCCCUGGAGAUCCAAAAACGCAUGCGAAAUCGUCUAAGCAUGGACUGCCUUCAUUUGAACUAUGGAUUAAUGGAGCUUGGCAGGAUAGGCGCAGUAAACUUUCACUUUGACAAAAAGCCCAAUUCAGUGGGCCGCCUGGCGGAUGGCAACGAACUCAGGAUAAUCAACAAGCAGAAGGAAAAUCUAGGUCCCGAUCAGGCGGGAGAGGUUUUGAUCAGGAAUAACGAACACUGGUCGGGAUAUUACGGCAGCCCUGAAUUAACCCAUAAAAUCCGGGAUUCCGAGGGAUGGUAUCAUAGCUCAGAUUUAGGGUAUGUGGACAAGGACGGUUUCCUAUACAUUCUGGAUCGCAUGGACGACAUGUUAAAGUACCAGACCUGUAUGUACUAUCCCAAUGAAAUCGAGAGCAUCAUCGCCGAGAUGCCGCAGGUGGCGGAGGUGUGUGUUUUUGGCAUAAACGACGAGAUCAAUGGAGACGAGGCAGCCGCCACAGUGGUUAAGACGAAAGGAAGCCGGCUCUGUGCUCAGGAUGUAGUGGAUUAUGUGAAAAGCCGGACGGAUUCCGAGUACAAGCAUCUGAACGCGGGAGUUAUUAUUGUGGCGGACUUAAAGCGUAGUACCAACGGGAAGACCAAUCGAAAAGCCAACAAAGAAUACUUUUUAAACCAAAUUAAAGUAGCUUGAGGCGUUCUCACCUAUUUUUUGUUAACUCAUUAGCACUUUUCUAGAUGUAAACAUUUUGGAGCAAGCUCAAUCAAAUUAAAUGCAAAUUUUGCGGCACUCGACUU